UUAAAAUAUUUUUGUUGUAAUAUUCAAUAAUUGAAAAUAACGAUUAUCGAUAAUUUUGUACUCGAAAUAUAUCGAAAUUGAUAACUGAAAGUUAAGUUCAGUAUUAUAUGUUUUAUAGACAGUGAUUGCAUUAGAAAUAAUUUAUUUAUUUUAAAUUAAACUCGGAUAUAAUCUCAACUCAGAUAUAAAAAUGCCUGGAAUAGAACAUCGUAGUCAAACUCCAUUCAUACAGUGGCUUCGAGAUUUUGGUCGAGGUAGAAAACAUGUACCAAGUUUAAGACAUGCAGAUGGUAUUGCUGCACGUACACAACCACCUCCACAUGUACCUGGAGGACCAUAUCAUAAAAGCUCAAAAGUAUAUUAUUAUACUCGUGACGCUAGACGUCUUGUACAACCACCAAUUGAAAUAUAUACAGAAGGUCAUUUAGAAACAAGGAAAAUUGAUACAACUAAAAUAAAAUUAGAGACAUUAUCAAAAUCAAAAUAAAAUAAAAAAUGAAUGCAAUGAAAUAAAUUUUAAUUGUAUUCAAAUUGUAGU